AUGGACAAGGUUCUAAAAAAGAUUGUCACCGGCAUGAUUGCGGGAGAUUUCCUUUGGAAAACUAAACGAGUUGUCCAGGCUAUCAUGCUGUGGAGCGAGUGCGUAAUACUCCUAAACAUCAAAGCCUUAGAGAAAAAAAAUGACUUUGCCACAGAAUUGAGUAUAACGCUGUACCAAAGGUUGUUUUAUGGGUAUACUGCUAUUAAGAAUCUCUCACCGGCUAUAGAAUCUGGCAAAAAGCUUUUAGUCCUACUUCGUGAUUGUAAGAGAAAAAAAGAAGAAGGUGAGACAGCCUUACUGCUAGCAACAAUGUACUACGGAAAAUGUAAAUACAAGGAAGCGGAAGCAUUCUUCAAAAAAGCACUCUGUGUCAACAAAGAAAUCAACGACAAAGACGGAGAAGCGAAAUGCUACAUAAACCUGGGAGUUGUCUUUCAGUUUGUCGGAGAAUAUGCCAAGGCUGAAGAAUACCUUCAUAAAGCACUUACCAUCAGCACAGAAAUUGGCGACAAAGACGGAGAAUCGACAUGCUACGCGAACCUAGGAACGGUAUUUCAAUCUGUCGGAGAAUACGCCAAGGCUGAAGAAUAUUAUCAUAAAGCACUUACCAUCAACACAGAAAUUGGCGACAGAGGCGGAGAAUCGACAUGCUACGGAAACCUAGGAACGGUAUUUCAAUCUGUCGGAGAAUAUGCCAAGGCUAAAGAAUAUCAUCAUAAAGCACUUACCAUCAACACACAAAUUGGCGACAGACACGGAGAAGCGGCGUGCUACGGAAACCUAGGAGCGCUGUUUCGAACUGUCGGAGAAUAUGCCAAGGCUGAAAAAUAUCUUCAUAAAGCACUUACCAUCAACACACAAAUUGGCGACAGACACGGAGAAGCGGCAUGCUACGGAAACCUAGGAUCGCUGUUUGAAUCUGUCGGAGAAUAUGCCAAGGCUGAAGAAUAUCUUCAUAAAGCACUUACCAUCCGGACAGAAAUUGGCGACAGACACGGAGAAGCGAAAUGCUACGGAAACCUAGGAGUGUUAUUUCAGUCUGUCGGAGAAUAUGCCAAGGCUGAAGAAUAUCUUCAUAAAGCACUUACCAUCAACACAGACAUUGGCAACAGACACGCAGAAGCGACAUGCUACGGAAACCUAGGAACGUUAUUUCAGUCUGUCGGAGAAUAUGCCAAGGCUGAAGAAUAUCUUCAUAAAGCACUUACCAUCAGCACAGAAAUUGGCGACAGACACGGAGAAGCGGCAUGCUACAUGAACUUAGGAGCGCUGUUUAAAUCUGUCGGAGAAUAUGUUAAGGCUGAAGAAUAUCUUCAUAAAGCACUUACCAUCAACACACAAAUUGGCGACAGACACUUAGAAGCGUCAUGCUACGGAAACCUAGGAACGGUGUUUCAAUCUGUCGGAGAAUAUGCUAAGGCUGAAGAAUAUCUUCAUAAAGCAAUUACCAUCAACACACAAAUUGGCGACAGACGCGGAGAAGCGUCAUGCUACGGAAACCUAGGAGUGUUAUUUCAGUCUGUCGGAGAAUAUGCCAAGGCUAAAGAAUUUCUUCUUAAAGCACUUACCAUCAACACAGAAAUUGGCGACAGACACUUAGAAGCGUCAUGCUACGGAAACCUAGUAAAGGUUUUUCAAUCUGUCGGAGAAUAUGCCAAGGCUGAAGAAUAUCUUCAUAAAGCACUUACCAUCAACACAGAAAUUGGCGACAGACGCGGAGAAGCGUCAUGCUACGCAAACCUAGGAGUGUUAUUUCAGUCUGUCGGAGAAUAUGCCAAGGCUGAAGAAUAUCUUCAUAAAUCACUUACCAUCAACACAGAAAUUGGCAAAAGAGACGGAGAAUCGACAUGCUACGCGAACCUAGGAACGGUAUUUAAAUCUGUCGGAGAAUAUGCCAAGGCUGAAGAAUAUCAUCAUAAAGCACUUACCAUCAACACAGAAAUUGGCAGCAGAGACGGAGAAGCGACAUGCUACAUGAACCUAGGAAUGGUAUUUCAAUCUGUCGGAGAAUAUGCCAAGGCUGAAGAAUAUCUUCAUAAAGCAGUUACCAUCAAGACAGAAAUUGGCGACAGAGGCGGAGAAUCGACAUGCUACGCGAACCUAGGAAUGGUAUUUCAAUCUGUCGGAGAAUAUGCCAAGGCUGAAGAAUAUUAUCAUAAAGCACUUACCAUCAACACAGAAAUUGGCGACAGAGACGGAGAAUCGACAUGCUACGCGAACCUAGGAACGGUAUUUCAAUCUGUCGGAGAAGAUACCAAGGCUGAAGAAUAUCUUCAUAAAGCACUUACCAUCAAGACAGAAAUUGGGGACAGAAACGGAGUAGCGACAUGCUACAUGAACCUAGGAGUGCUGUUUGAAUCUGUCGGAGAAUAUGCCAAGGCUGAAGAAUAUCUUCAUAAAGCACUUACCAUUAACACAGAAAGUGAAGUCGGUGAAGGUGUGAAGGCUCAAAAAUAUUUUCAGAAUUCUCUUCAAAUUUGCAGGAGGACUGGAAACAUCAAUUUGCAAUAUCACUCUUUACUUUCCCUAUUUCGGUGUCUUUUAAAGUCAAAAGGAAACAUAUCUGAAGCCUUAAUGAUUCUCCAUAGAAGUAUUCAAAUUUUCGAAAAAAUGCAUAGCUUUCUAGGAAACAAAGAUGGCCGCAAGAUAUCAUUUUUUGACAACCACGCGGAACCCUAUCGGCUGUUUAGUUCAUUGAGUUUUUCUCAUGGGAAACCCUAUGAAGCUUUACACGUUGCUGAACUUGGACGGGCCAAAGCUCUUGCAGAACUAAUGUCAAACCGUUACUUUACUGAAAAAGAAAUAUCCAUCGACACACAAUCGUUUGUUGGCAUUGAGGAAGUAACGACGAAAGAUGGCAACAGCACUUGCCUAUACAUCUCCUACUACUCUGACAAAAUAUUUUUGUGGGUUUUGAAACAAAGCAAACUGGUGGCUUGCCGAAGAACGAAACUUUGUGAAAGCUAUGUUAGCAAGGACGGCAAAAUCUCUGUGGAUGACCUUUUUGGAAACGAAAGCUUAUUAAGAAAUUUUCACGUGUUACCUCAAGAGCAAUGCGAAGACCGAUCACUCUUCUCUUCUUACACCAACCAACUUACAAACGAAUCAAAUCUGGAAGAUAGUCUCUCAUCCUUGCGUCUUUCUUUAGAUGAGGACGAAGUACACACAGACCCUGAACCGCCAACACUUGUUCAGAUUUACAACAUGUUGAUUGAUCCUGUAAGUGACGUACUAGAAGGAUCUGAAAUUAUUGUUGUUCCUGAUCGCUGCUUCUUCAAAGUUCCGUUUGCAGCAUUACAUAAUGAAAGUAACCACUUUUUAUCAGAUUCAUUCAGGAUACGCAUUGUUCCUUCUUUGACGACUCUCAAGCUCAUUCUGGACAGUCCAGCGGACUUUCACAGCGAAACUGGUGUAUUGAUUGUGGGUGAGCCAAGAGUGACGGAUGUGUAUUUCAAGGGAGAGUUAAGGUAUCUCUGUCCAUUGCCUGGCGCGAAAGCGGAAGCAGAGAUGAUUGCAAGACUACUACCUGGAUCUCACCUUUUAAUAGGAGAGCAAGCAACAAGGCAAGCAGUUUUUCAGAGAAUACCCUCAGUGAGUCUCAUACAUUUCGCUGCUCAUGGUAAUGCCGAAAGAGGAGAAAUUGCUCUUACCCCCCCUGACUCCGCAAUGCGUCCUCCACAUGAAGCAGACUACUUACUGACAAUGACCGACAUUUCACAAGUUAGACUGUCAGCCAAACUGGUGGUCCUUAGCUGUUGUCAUACCGCACGUGGAGAGAUCAAAACAGAAGGCGUUGUUGGAAUCGCUCGAGCAUUCUUAGGAUCGGGUGCACGCUCGGUGUUGGUGGCAUUGUGGGACUUACAAGACGAUGCAACAGAACAGUUCAUGAGAAGAUUCUACGAAAACCUUGUCCAAGGAGAAACUGCAAGUGAAUGUCUUCAUCGGGCCAUGAAGUGGAUGCGAAAUAACGGUUUCUCUGAAGUGAGACAGUGGGCACCUUUCAUGCUGAUUGGAGAUGACGUGUCAUUUCACUUUGGUGAAGAAAAGUGAAGGUAAUUCGUGCUUUCUGAUAAUUAGGGCCAUAGGAAAUCUGCCAGGUCUUUUUGUAUUGCAGUUUUCAGUAUCAACUUGGGUACAUUUGUAAUUUCAAGUACUAAAUAAAAAGCAGUAUUUACCCUUGAAAGCCACAUUAUUGACUACACCUGAAGUCAGCUUUUUUAUGACUAAGGUAAAAUAUCAAUCAACCGCUUUUUAACAUCGAUAGAUACUAAACGCACACAAAAAAUAAAGCCCCGUAUCCCUACAGUAACACAGAAUGAUUUUAAAUCUUUUCUCUUUUCCGUGAUCUAUGAGGCAAAAAUAACUGAAUAUUUUUCUAUUUACUACCUCUCAAUAUGAAUAAGAACGUUGGCUUAAUAUAAUGGGAUACGAUGUGAAUUCCAGAAAUGAAACCAAAACAAACAACCCAAGGUAAUCUUUAGUUUGAUAUAAAGAUAAUCAGAAUAAACAUAUCAUGGCGGAGAUCUAGAUCUGAGAAUUGAUCAAAAACACUGAAAACUACGAAUUGUUGGCUGUGUAUGGAGUAUUGACCGUACCUACAGCGCUUUUCGCGGACACUGACAGUAGUACACUGGCUCUAAACUUGGACCAAAGAGAAAAGACCGAGAUUCCAAAGGUCAUCAAAGCAAGAAGUUUCAAACCCAUUUUAGCUGUGUACCCUGCUUUUCAUAUAUGAUGCCUAUUGGAAAGUUUUAGCGGUGACAUAAACUUAAAUAAGUAAACUUUUCCCUUAUGAUAAAGCCGGAGGAUCCCUCUUCCAUGUAAAAUGAACCUAAAUGCCACUUACCCCAGCUGAAGUCGUUUGUAAUGAAUAUAUGCGUUUUAUUAAUUUUUAUGUUUCUUAUACAUUACUGUUGCAGGUAUUACACUAACGACACACCAUGGAAUAACGAAACAGCCCUUCCGCAGAAUUCCAAUGAGGUAGUCCCUGGCGGAAAAUGUAAAUGGUCAAUCCCUGCAGCAUACGAACAUAACCUAGACUAGAAGAAUUAAAAGAGAACUGACUUGCUUGGCCCAGCUGUUCAUCUUUGCCGGCCUGAUUAUUUUUCGCGCUGAUUUUAUGAAUUUGUGUGUGUGUACAUAGGUAGCUUGAGUACUCUUGACUAAUCUCGGUCUAAAAUGUCUUGCAAAAGCACCAAUCACCAGCCUCGUAAAAGUGUACAUCGGUAGCUCGGACAAUGAUACACUGUAAUUGCGACGCGAAUAACAUCUGGAUUAGAUAAUUUCCCAGGCUAUCUAUUUAGGUAAUUUGUUAACUUACUUCCCUAAUUAGUCACUAAGGCUACAACUAACAAAUACUUUUCACGUAAGCGAGAUUCUUAAUCGCAAAUUGAAGUUUGAUUACAAUGUAAACAACAUUGCAAGGUUUAUAGUUUAGUCGAAUUGUAUAUAUUUUAGAGCCAAUCUUUCUGUGGACAUAGAAGCACAGUAUAUAGUUCUGCAACCUUGCAUUAUGAAAUAAAGUUUGACGACUCAAUUAAGUCAACUAAAAGCCUAGCGAAACCAACUUGUCCAAACUCCAAACUAGCCAUCUCAGUGGUAA